AAGGUGCUUCCUCACAAGCCAUUGAACAUAUCAGCUAAUUGCUUUACCAGUUUGAUAAAAUUAAAUUAUGGCAGGCAACGUAUUUGGAAACCCCGUGACCGACGAGCUUGUGCAAGAACUUUAUCCAGGCCAGAAAGUAACUCGCAAACUCAAAGCUCAAGUGGCUUUCCAAUACAUCAACGCCGGUGGUAAAGAUGUGGAUGCUAAAAACUUUGUCUAUGGCCUUAAGGAACAGUAUGGCAAUGGAAUCUCCGCAAAGUGCAUGAUUUACAAUGCCACCGGAGACACUUUAACAUAUUCCGGCAAAAAAGACUGGCAUGGCCAUAUCUAUGAAUCUCCAUACCCUGCCAAGAUUCAAAAUGGGCAGUGGGGUGCUUUUCUCCAUGUCCACCCUUCUUGGUUUGCCGGUUCGGAAUCCGCCAUCGUCUACCGCGGCUACAACGAUAACGAUGUCGUCUGUGACUGGAUGCUCUCUUGGGGCAUUCCUUAUAUUGGUGAUAAUCAUGCUUAUACUGAAAUUCGUGAAGGUCACCAUUAUGAAACUGAUCAUUGGGACUAUAUUAAAGGUUUGUUGGAAAGUCAAUCUACUCGGCAUGAGGAUACUUGGAAUGGAUGUCAUUCGAAUGUGACAAUUGGUGAAGGCACUUCUCCUGAAUUUGUGGGAAUAAUGACCUUGGAGGGUGUCACUACUAAGAAAAAGUCCCUUAAAUAAAUGGAUAAUCUUAAUUUGCCAAAAUUAAGUACUAUUUUAUGUACGUGUAAGAAUAAGAUCGCCGCAAAUAUGCUAGUGCAAGGCACGCAGUAUUUAUGAUAUAUUUGUCACUGUGUUAUGUAGUUUCUUUGUCGACGAAAACCAAAAAGACAAAAAAAAAAAAAAAAAAAAAAAAAAGGUGUGCUUGUACUUUUCUUUUUGUUUUUUUUUUUGGGAAGAAUUAUGUUGUACUUUAUCAAGUGGAUGAUUUCCACUCCAAUAAGAUUAAUGUUUGCCUUACCAAAAAAAUAAACCUGAUAAGGUUAAUGCUUCGUGCCUA